AUGGCAGAAGCAAUUUUUCAUCCCCCAAGAAGGAAAAGAAGAGUUUUUGAGACAUAUGAGUCUCCCUUUCCUGUGGAUGUAGGUGGGAAGGAUUUCAGAAUAUGCCAGGCUGAAAUCAUGAACAACAAUGUUAUUGUGAGGAACCCUGAAGAUAUUGAACAGCUUUAUAGCAAGGGCUAUUUUGGAAAAGGGAUCCUUUCAAGAAGUCGACCAGUGUAUAAUAUUUCAGAUCCUUCACUGGUUGCUAAGUGGCAAGGUGCUAACAUAAACAUGCCUAUAAUUGCAUCAAAAAAGUACCAAUAUCAUGUUCAGUGGGCUAAAAGUAUUUUGCAAGAGCAAGGAUUUGAUGACUGCUCGGUUACCAAAAUUCUUGAAAAUUACACUAAGCCUCUUGAGCUGCCAUUUUUGGAAGAGGAUGGAGCUGAACAAACCAGUGUUAGUUGCAGCAGAAUGGGCCCAAAUGCAGAAAAUACAGAACUUUCUGAACAAUCUUCUACCGCCACUGGAAAUGUAGUAGCCCCAAGUCCUGAGAAUCAGAAUGAAGGCUACAAGAAAGCCUGUUUGGAAGGAGAUCCAGCCUUUGAUCCUGUGGCUGUAUGUGGCUCUAAAGAACAGGAACAAGGUGACUCAAAAGAGAUAGCUGAAGUGUCUUGCCAGAAGCAUGGUUUUCUUGUGCAUUAUGGCUGCAAGGUGAAGGAGAGCACUGAGCAAAGAUCUUGUGAGAUGAUAAAGCCAAAAGAAUGUGCUCCAGAGUAUGUCUUGGUGCAAGAGGAAGAAGAAGGUAGCUUAAAUCCUGAAGAUGAUUCUGCUCAUGUGCAAGAAAAUCCUGUCAAGAAGGAAAAACUAGUAUGCAGAAGAAAUCCAUUUAGGAUUUUUGAAUAUUUACAACUCAGCUUGGAAGAGGCUUUUUUCUUGGUGUAUGCUCUGGGAUGUUUGAGUAUUUAUUAUGGUGAGGAACCCCUAACUAUUUUGAAGCUAUGGGAAGUGUUCAGUGAAGUGAAGCCCAACUUUAAAACUACUUACAUGGCCUAUCACUACUUCCGCAGUAAGGGCUGGGUCCCCAAAGUCGGACUGAAGUAUGGAACUGAUCUCU